CGUUUUCUAUGAAGUUUCGUGUAAAUAUUUCUCAUUCUCAAUUCCUAACAAUUUAAUAUAUUGUUUAUAUAUAUUUGAGCUUUAUCGACGACAGUCGUGUUCGUUUUAUUUAUUAGAAAUCGCAACAAGAAGAUUAUAGCGCUAUUCUUGUGAUUAAUAAUAUCUUAUCUUGAUUGCUUGCCGAUAAAUUAUUUGAUUGGCGACCUAUUUCGUUUUGUGCAUUGAUAGUAUUCGGCGAUACAUUUUGUAUGCGUGAAUAAUGAACUUGUCGUUCGCGGGUUGUGGUUUUCUUGGUAUAUACCAUGUUGGUGUUGCAGUGUGUUUUAAAAAAUAUGCCCCACAUUUAUUGUUAGGAAAAAUAUCCGGUGCCUCGUUUGGUGCUAUAUCCGCCUGUGCACUUCUUUGUGAUAUUCCUAUAGGUGAAAUAACUAGUGAUGUGCUAAGGAUAGUGGGUGAAGCGAGGGCUGGGUCUCUUGGUCCGUUUAGUCCGUCCUUCAACAUCCAGAAUGUGCUCCUGGCGAGCAUGCAGAGGCAUUUGCCUCCGGAUGUGCACAAGCUAGUUAGUGGCAGGCUACACAUCUCACUCACCAGGGUCUAUGAUGGCAAGAAUGUCAUCGUAUCAGAAUACCCUACUAGGGAGGACCUCUUGCAAGCGUUGCUGGCAUCGUGUUUCGUGCCAGUGUUCAGUGGGAUGCUACCGCCGAGGUUCCACGGUGUGCGAUACAUGGACGGUGGCUUCAGCGACAACCUGCCCGUGCUCGAUGAGAAUACCGUCACUGUCAGCCCCUUCUGUGGCGAGAGCGAUAUCUGCCCACGAGAUCUCAGCUCGCAGCUGUUCCACGUUAACCUUGCAAACACCAGUAUCGAGCUAUCGAAGCAGAACAUUAAUCGAUUCGCGCGUAUCCUAUUUCCGCCUAAGCCGGAGGUGUUGAGCAACAUGUGCAAGCAGGGCUUCGAUGAUGCACUUCGCUUUUUGCAUAGGAAUAACUUGAUCUCUUGCACCCGCUGCCUCGCUGUGCAGACCACGUUUCAAUUGCAAGAUGUACUCGACGAUAGCUUAGAAUACGACCCCGAGUGUGAAGAAUGUAAAACGCAUAGACAGGACGCGCUGGUGGACGACCUGCCGGACACGGUGAUGACGAUCUUCCAGAACGCGAUCGAGUCCGCGAACAGCGGGCUGGCCAGCUGGCUGCUGCGCCGCCGCGGCAUGCGCUGCAUCUCGCUCAUCACGCUGCCCUACAGGGUGCCCGUCGACAUCCUCUACGCCACCUUCACCAAAUUCGUAACCAGUACGCCGAAGAUGAGCAAAUCCUUGUGGAGAUUGAGCUGGAGCUUGCUGCGUCAGCUUCAUGCGUUCGUCUACUCCGCACAUGACCGCUCUGAUGCAGCCGCGAGGAUAUAUUACAAGCUCGCUCUAGAAGCUAAGAAGGACACAGAAGAUUACCGACUGGACAGAAGACGUGCCAGUGAAGUGAGGGUGAGUUACGGGGACGUGGUAGCAGAUUCCGACACUUUCGAGCACAUCCUCAACGUGACUGCACACAAUGACGCACUGCUUGCUUACUACUAUCUGGAUAGCGAUAACAAGAUGAAGAUGACGGAGAUCUACGACGUGACGGACGCGGACACGGAGGCGGUGCAGUCGCCGACGGAGCGCGACCUCAACAAGCAGCUAGAGUUCGACAACGACUGGUCCUCGGAUCUCAUCGCUAACGAAGACGAACUCGAUCUGGAUAACUUGGAUGACGAUCUUCUUGAUCGUAACAUCUUCUCUGACCCUGAGAGCGAGUGGACCGCACAGAGGUCGUACUCCAGCUCCGACGGCGACCAGCCGGAGUCUGAUAGAAGGAUCGAGAACUUCACAGCAUUUGAAGAUAACUGACUACUAGAGCACAUAGACUGCGAGCGGCUGGCAAAGACAGUCACGAAACGUGCGGUCAUUUUGACCAACUUCAUGCUGACCAACCUUAUGGAGGCGAUCAACCAGAUGUUGUCAGAUACCACGCUCCUUUCUACGCUGCACCUCGAGGGCCUGCCACUCAAAAUACCCUAUUUAAAUCCAUUUUGCGAGGCCGUGUUAUCCAAUAAUUCCCUCCAACACCUGUACUUGCCGCGGUGCCUGAUCGGCGACGCAGGCUGCUUGGCUGUGUGCAAGGCGGUGCGCUGUUUGCCCAACAUGCUCACAUUGGACCUAUCGGGAUGUGAUAUCACACCACAAGGCGCCAGUUACUUGGCCGAUUUGUUGAAAUAUCAGAAGAUCCACCGGUACAGCGAGAAUUGGGUACAGACUCUGCGGUACCGACUACCGCAGCUGGACACGAUGGCGGGGCUGCGCCGCCUCACGCUGUGCGGCAACACGCAGCUCACAGACCGGGGCUUCGCCACGCUCGCUGACGUGCUCGCCGAUGACUUGUGGAUCAAAGCGCUGGACGUCCAGAACUGUGGUCUGAGUGAGCAGAGUGGGCUAGUUGCGCUGCGCAUGCUGCAGUCCAACACGACGCUGGUGGUGCUGGACGUGCGCCACAAUGAGCAGCUUGGCGCCGACUGCGCCGCCAAACUGCGCGCUGCGCUGCGCAACAACGAGCGGAAUGCGGGGGACGGGGGGCAGUACUCGUGGUUAGCCAGUAAUUCCAGCGAUGGAAGAUCAAUUAAAUCAGUAGCAAAUAAGAAUGGCAUGGUGAAGGACCGUCCGAGGACCGAUGUGUCCAACGUACGGAAUAUUCCUAAUAAAUAUAAUAACAAAACAAAUACAGUGAAGAAAGAGAAAGAAUACUCGGAAAUUCUGGAAGAGCAGUUACAAGAGGAGAUCUCUCACCGGCAGCAGCUUGAAGAGCUGAACCUGCAGCUGGUCAGUCAGAUGAAACAGCUGAAGCAGCACCAGGUGCGCCUGUGGGCCAACGCAGCUAACUCCUCAGGGUCUGAGCAGUCGCUGGCGCCGAGCUCGGUGUCGGGCGAGCUGUCCAGCAGCUCAGGCUCGUCGCUGUCGGUGCCCAUCGAGCAGAGCACGCUCGCCUACAUACAGCAGGCCUUCAAGGAUAUAUACGCCUUCAUCAAGAACAACCAGUGCCAUGGGCAAUGCGUUCUCGAGACAUCUCAGAUAGCGGAGGUGGCGGAGGCGGAGGCGGAGGGCGAGCGGCCGCCGCUGCCGCCGCUACCACCCAAGAAGGCGCAGAGCUCGCACGCCAAGCUCACUGAAAGCGCCAGAGCCAAGAAGAUGACCAAGUCUGCGCACUUGCUGGGCGACUCGCACUUCCUCAGGGAAGGACUGGAUGCGGCCGUUUGUCCGAACAUGUUCGAGAGGCAGAUGGGAGACACGCGAGAAGUUUAUUCAGACGACAAGGACGCGCUAGAUGACAAUGUGGCGACGCAGAAGAAGGGGAAGAAGGAGCGCAGCGCAGGCAGCAGUGUGGUGAGUGUGGUGAGUGUGGUGAGCGACUCGUCGGACACGCUGGUGUGCUCGCCGCGCGGCCGCCACGCGCCCAACCCGCGCGACGCUCUCGCCUCCUCCGACAGCGACUGACUCUCGCCACACUAACACUUUUGUACCACACUUUUACCAAGAUUAAAAUGCCUUUUCAUACAAA